AUGAUUCAGCCAGACCCUUCGCCUGUUAAGCUGGACAACAGCGGCACCGGCCCCUUGCGGGUCCCUGGUUUCAAUGGUGUACCCCUGUUCUAUGAGCAUUCAAAAGACAAUCGCUUUGCACAUGGGAUUGCCGAUUGGAGACAAAGUCCCCAGUUGUUUCUGCGAGAGAUUUCCAUGCUACAGCUCAUGUCGUAUGUCACAGAACAGCCGGACUGGGAAAACAAGACCGAGGACCCGCAGACACUGGAAGAAUGGCAUCAGCACGCCGUUUCGGUCUUUGAUCUCGAUGAACCCUCAUGGCAGUGGUGUGUAAAGGAGCUGCGAGACAAAGCGGUUGAUUUUAAACGUACGGGAUAUGUUGCUGUGUUUGAUGCGGACUCACGAGUCAUCAAGUCUCAAGUUCAUGACGAUCUUCUCAAAGAGCUUCGCGAAUCCAUGUCGCCACUCUUUUCGCAAUCGAGAUCCGGUUCGCCUUCUCCCUCAGAUGAUACUCCUGGGAGUGAUUCUGAAAGUCCGGUUCGACAUGUGGUUGAUCCCUUCAUGUAUCCUCUCGUUUAUGGCCGCACUCGAGUCCUUACCGAUGGGGGCAAAGUUGAUCUGGAGAGACCUGAGUCCUGGAGACCAUCGGAGUCCCAGAUUGCUCCAAUUCCUGAGAAACAAACCGACAGACAAUACGAGAUGCAGUUCAAAGAGAGAAAAGGAAGAGACAGAAAGGAUCAGCGGUAUCAUGGAAAGCGAAGAUACUGGUCCAAUGUCUUUCAAUGCCUUCCCUGUGAGGUUGCUUUGAACAAGCAAGGAGGCGCUGAAAUCGCCUCCUAUGUCAAUGGUGUGCAUCCAAAGGAAAGGGGCAUAUACAAAGCGCUCGAAGGGCUCAUUUCAGCCGCCAUGCAACCGUGGAACGAAAUGCUUAUCUUUGGAGAUCAAGGUCGGACACCAAUGCGAAUCAGGACUUAUGACUUUGAAGUGGAAGGCUAUAAAUGGUAUCCAAAGAUAUAUUAUUACCUGGACAACGCGAGGAGACAAAAACCACCAAUCACAGAAGAAGAAUGGCAUGAGGUUCGAUCCCGAGUAAGAGAAUAUCUUAGCCUCCCCGAGCACGAGAAGCGAUACCGCAUAUGGCCUGACUCUGGGUACCAUGACCUUCUUGCUAGCAUGCAGCCAUGGCAAUGGAAUUCUUUCGAAGAACUGCAAGAAUUGGUCCUCGCAAAGGGUAAGCGCUUGUUUGCUGUGAGAGGCGUUGAACCGGGGAUCUCCUUCACAUACGAUGAAUGGAAGACUGGUGAAAAUACUGGCUGCACGAUCAUGCCCAAAUGGACCAAGCCUGAUAAACCUCCCCCAAUUCCCGAUCCAGAUCACCAGUACUACUCUGUAUCUCUCCAAGAUCAGUUUGAGGGCCUCCAAAUCAUAGUUCGAGUGUCAACUAUUGAGCUCACCCCAGAACAGCCUUUGUAUGGCGGUGAUUCUCAUCACAACGUUACUGGCAUUCUCAAUGAGCACAUCGUUUCCACAGCUACAUGCUACUUUGAUAUGCACAACAUCAAAGAUGCAAAGGUUUCAUUCCAGCAAGAGACGAAGAUCUAUAGCUAUGAUUACAACAUUGCGUACUUUGAGGUUAUGGAUCGACUUUUUGAUGUUCCUGAGUGGCAAUGGGACAGCGAUGAUCCUGACCCCCUGAAUGCUCUACAAACCAUGGGAUCUAUCCCGAUUUCACGGAAUGGGCAAGUUAUUGUUUGGCCAGGUACAUUGCGGUCUAAGGCCGAGCCUUUCAGUCUCGCAGAUCCACUGCGCCCGGGGUACCUUCGAUUUGCGACUUUGUGGUUGGUAGACCCGCAUUAUCGAAUCUGCUCAACUCAAAAUGUGCCACCCCAGGACCCAAGCUGGGUUGACACUUCACAAUCAAUGAAGACCGUAGGGGAGGAUGAAUCAAUGACACUUGCGGAGGCGGUUGAGGUUCGAAACCAAAUGAGGCAGGAGAGAGACAAAAUAAGCAAGGAUUUCCUCAGAACCGGAAAUAUGUAUCACACGUAUUCGGAAGAUCACCUCAUUUGA